AGAGUGGCAGCGGGAGACGGGGGAGACGGCUCAGAGAGGGGAGAGAGUGCGAGCGAGCGCCACGGAGAGAGGGAGUGGGAAGGCGCGCAUCCAUUGUGAGCGGUGCCGCGCCGCGCGCGCCACCUCACGCACGGCGCACGCCACCUCCGUCUCGCGGUCCGAUCGCUCGCUCUCGACGUCUCUGUCUCGCUCUUAACGGUAUCGCCACGUCGCCUCUUCGUACCGUCCGUCUACUCCACACCCCCCCGCCUCUCCAUGCCGUUCAGACUCACCCCACAUCGCGCUGUGAGACCCGUGUUCUCCGCGAGACAUUCAUUUCACGCUCCCGUCUCACCCGCUUGACAAUCCAUUCGCAGCAUUCACAGCGCGCGUCCGUGCGGACUGUAUUUCAUUCAAAUCCAUGCUUUUAUUUUUGGUAACAAUUGCACAAAUUAUCGCUUAUAUUAUUCAUUAAUUCAUUUAGCCUCCGCUGCCCCCCCCCCACCCCACUCUUCAUCCGACGACGCCAGGGCAGCACUUUUGCUGCCCACGUGAGCCGGCCGGAGCCAUGGGUACCGUCCUGUCCCUGUCCCCGUCCUCGCGCAAAGUCCGCUCCGUGGCGGACGAUGGCCCCGCGUCGCUAGCGCGCUACACGGCGGUGCAGAACAGCAAGAACGCCAAGGAGAAGGGCCUCAAGCGCCACUCGAUGCUCAUCUCUGCGCUCACGUGGAAGCGCCUCGUGGCCGCCUCCACGCGCAAGAAGAGCGCGAAGAAGACGAGUCCUGCCCUGGCGCAGGGGAACGGCGGCGGCGUCCUCCGCAAGUCGCUCUCGUGCGCCAACCUCAGCGCCUACUGCCAGCCUCCCGCACCGGUGUUACCGGGGGGCGGGAAGGCGGCCCCACCUCCCUCGUACCAGCAGCAGCAACAGCAGCAGCAACAGCUGCAGGUGUCGUCCAAGAAGCCGGGGUCCGGCAGCUCGCUGCUGCGGAGCCCGCCGCGCCGAGUCGUCGUCCAGGCCUCCACCUCGGAGCUGCUCAAGUGCCUGGGCGAGUUCCUGUGCCGUCGCUGCUCUCGCCUGCGCCACCUGUCCCCGUCGGAGCCGGGCCUGUGGCUGCGCGCCGUCGACCGGUCCCUGCUGCUGCAGGGCUGGCAGGACCAGGCGUUCGUGACGCCCGUCAACGUGGUCUUCGUCUACCUGCUGUGCCGCGAGGCGGUGAGCGCGCACACGGGCAGCGAGCACGAGCUGCGAGCCGCGCUGCUCACGUGCCUCUACCUGUCCUACUCCUACAUGGGCAACGAGAUCUCGUACCCGCUGAAGCCGUUCCUCGUGGAGAGCAGCCGGGACGCCUUCUGGGAGCGAUGCCUGCGCAUCAUCGACCUCAUGAGCACGCACAUGCUGCGCAUCAACGCCGAUCCGCACUACUUCACGCAGGUGUUCGCCGAGCUCAAGGAGGAGGGAGCUCGCGACUUGCAGCCUCGGUGGACGUUCACGCUCGACCGGUAGCCGCGCUAGCUGUGUCCUACCGUGUGUGAGGAUUUGAAGAAGAAGAAGAAAAAUACGGCAAUGAUGGAUACAAGAGGUUCAUACUUGAUUCGGUGGGGUGGGGGGGGGGAGGGUUGAUGCGCGUACGGGAGUAGAUUCUCGCUUAAGUGGUGAUGCGAGUCAAGGAGAGUGAGUGGAUUUAGGAGGUCGCGUCCCGAUAGGAGAUGGGGUUGAAGGAGCUAAGAGUCGACGUGCUGUAUAUGUCACUCACUCGCACAGCCCCACGCUCACAGUCCCGUAGAUAUUGUAUAUAUGCAUACACAUCCAUACACAGGUAUACCAUAUUCAUUAACACACCGUUACAAACACGUCCACACACACUGUUGCAAACAAACACACCUACAGCCACAUACAUUGUUCAACACACACACGUUUUACCAUACAUACACCCCGCCACACACUCCCCCCCCUCUGCACACUCAUAUUGUUACAUACGUACAGUCCUUUACGUACACACGCACACCGUCUCUCAACAUACGUACACACUGCUUAAUACAGACCGUUACUCAUAAACACACAAACAGUAUUCAAAGCCCCAAAGACAUAUAUACUGUUCCACUCACACACACACAGCCCCAUACACACAAUAUACACGGUCACACACACGCGCGCACACAGCCCUAUACACACGCACACACAGGCGGACACAGCCCCACACACAAUACACACAGUCUCAGACGCGGACACACAGUCCCAUACAUACAAUGCACACGGUCACGCAUUAUACAAUGACACCCCCCCCCUCCACACUGUCCCGCCCACUCUGACCCCACCGCUGCCCCCUCGGUGAGGUCAUACAGAACAAUAACACAAUAACUGUCCAGCUGAUGUUCCCUCUGCGGAUCAAAUGCCCAUGCACCGAACCCCUCUCGAGCCCCGGAAUCUCACUCCGAGCGCGUUGGCUGCGCGAGUGCGAACGACUGAUAGAACUUGACGUCAGAAAGGCUUCGACUGCUGACUAGAGGUACUUUAUGUGUGGAGGGUCUGUGAGCGCCGACGAGUUAUGAUUUCGCGAGAUGCCUAACCCCAAAGGACGAACGCCGAGGGAAAUAAAGACGCGGAAUUGCGAGUUUGAGGAUCGUGAAACGGCAGCAAAGGAAACUCGGUCAAGUCACUUUGUAAAUUCACUUCCUAUCAUUCUCACUGGAGGGAAGUGGGGUCUGGGUGUAUGUCUGGAGGGGGGGUGGAGGACGUGGGGGAGGGGGAAAGAAAAUGUGCUCCCCCAAGCCCCUCCCCUCAAACUCCUCCACCCCCUCCCGCCGCCGUACCCCCCCCCCCCCAUCGACCUCAUUUCCAGCAACUCAACCAAUGCCCGAUGAUGGCCCACAUGUGGCCGUGAGCUUAUUAACGACUCUAUCGUCAUCUGUCAUGAUCAAACCACUGCCGGAUGACGGCCCUCUCCAAGCACUCCGUCGCCAUCUCUCACGGCCCUGCGAUGGAACAAUCCAUCUCGCAGGCGAGCCGAUCCCAUAGCUUCCUCUCCGCGCUCAAGAUACACUUGGGAGAGGGGGGAGGAACCUGAAAUAUGUACGAAUCUCGAUGUGAAGCGGCGAAUACUUCGGACGAAGGACUUGAUCCAAGGGCGACUUACUCGAUUGUAUGGAUGGACGACACGUCCCGUCGACAACUGCCUGCUCUGAUGAGAAGGCGCCUGUGCUGUUGUAUGGAAUUUGUUGUUGUUGGUGGUGCUUGUUGAGCUGUUUGCUGGAGGUCACCUUGGUGUCCGGGUGAUGAAUCGUUGAUGGACAAGACACUCUUUUAUUUGCACCCCGCCCCUCCUGUGUUAAUCCACUGCUGGACGAAGAUAUAUCUGCCCACGUUGUGUGCCAGUCACGGGGCCCUGUUUGACCAUGCUGGGUUGGUGAGUGUUCGUGAAAUGUGGGUUGGAGCUAGGCACCGGUUCAGAUAUCACUCGUCACUGACGAUGGUGAGCCGUGGCCUGGAAUCGAAAUCGAGGUUGAUCGAGUUCAUUGUGCAGUGAAGGGGCCACAAGCGCUGCGCCACCACUCAAACUGAGCUGCCAAGGUGUGUGGGUCAGCAGAGCGGCAACCGGUAGGGUGUACACUUAACGGUUCAAAGUUGAAGCAACACAACACGAUGCAGAAUAGAGAUAAUUGCACCGCAAAUAAAAUCGAUAGCUGUUUUGAGAACGUGAACACGUUUCAGCAGCUAUGCUCAAACCACGCCCGCUUUGUCGAUAAUAAUGAAUUCGAAUAUUACGUCCAACUUGUGUUAGGAAGGAAAGGGAUAAAAAAAAGCAAACAUAGUAAUUACAACAACAAAAAACAACAUUUGGAAAUGUUAAACAAAGGAACUCGCUUUGGCAGUGGGGGCUCAGAAUAACAAAUAAAAAGAACACUAUACUCUUUGGUUCUAUUCAGUAAACUCACGUAAGGUAAAAAACAAAUUAAAAAUAAUUUUGGCUGUUACUGGUCCCACCUGAUGAAGGAAGCUUGCGUUGCCUCCGAAACGUCGUGUUUUUAAUUGUUUCUUUUCUUUUUAAUUUGUUUUUUACCUACGUGACUUUACCGAAUAGAACCAAAGAGUAUGAAUUCUUGCAGUCACGAAAGCUUCAAAUCUAGAAAAAGAACACUCACUACGUUCACCAUUCAAUACACUCAAGGCUACACAUUCUACUCUGAAGAAUGGCCAUUGCUCCCAACGUUAUCCUGUUAAAU